AUCGUCGUACAACUCCAUCCAUGUUCAUUUCACUCCAGGACGUGCAUUGCGAUCGGUUGAUUAGUUGCCUGUACUACGUACUACUGGUGAAUAUAAAAGCUACUACUUGAUCACUGAUCAAUUUAAUCAGUUUAUUCUGUCAAAUCAUCAUCAGUACGACUCAAUUUAUGAUGGGGCUUAUUCAACUUUAUACCAAGAUGGUUGUGGUGUUUGCUCUUAUUUUUGCAGAUACCUUAGCUCACAUUAUCGAUGACCUUUGCCCCUCGGCGGAUAUGACGUCGGGAAAGGAGGAUGUUCAGCUGGUAACCUCUCACUUAUCCGUCCAUGGUGUCGAAAACGUGCUUCCGAUGUGUGGCAUGCAGUACAUGGUACCAGUUAAGGCAACUUUGUAUCAAGGAAUGCUUGCUGCUAGUCAACAAGAAGGAAGCAAUUUCAUGUUUACAAGUUCAGUGCAGCCAACUUGUGGACACAAGAUAGAAUCAAUCAAUAAUGUUUAUUCAAACGAUCCAUUUGACUGGGUUCUAUUUGACUACACGACCAAGAUGCCUUCAAAAGAGGGAGUUGAUUUGAUCGAAAUCACCAGUGAAAGCGCUUACCUCUGGCAGUACGUAAAUACAUCUGCUGGUUAUGAUUUAAAUUACACUGGUCCGUGCGGUGGCCCAUCUACGAUUGCUCUCCUGACCGUCUCCAGCGAAAACACCAACGAUGCCUCCUUCGAACAAGUUUGUAGCCGGCCUAUUUUGAUCCAAGCCACUGGUACUACGCCUACGGCGUUUACUCUCCUCCACGACGCAAAUGACCAGUUACCAAUUCAUGUAAAGGCGGUUCUUGAUAUGCAAAUGAACACAGUGACGGAGAUUAACGGAGUGCCCAAUGUCAAAGGAAAAGCUUGGACUGGGUACUACGCGGGCUCCAAAAUGAUGAUACCUAAUAAUCUUGCGAUGACGAAUGUCAGCAAUGGGGAUCAUGUCGUCUUCCGUUAUGAAGAAGUGGAUGGUGAAAAAGAUCCUGUAAAUGUUGGGGCGCCCUCUGCUGGUCAACACAUCAUUCUGCUCUAUGCAGUGAUGUUGUUGACAACGGUGAUGCCUUUGAUAUAAAAAGUAAGUCCCAGGUAGGAAGAUUUGGGUAUAUAAAAGAAAUAUCUCCUUUCGAAUGUUCAAUUGAAUGGGAUUUUAUUCAUUGAAAAAAAGAAUUGAUAAAGGAAUUUUAUGUACACAAUUUUAGUUGUUAUUUCUAACAUAAUUGAGUUGUGGUAUUUUGAAAAUUAUCAUCCUUUUUAAAGACAUCCUCUACGAAACUGUAGACAUGAUCAUAAAUCAAGUCAAUAAAGGUUAUUUUUUAAUCCUUAGAUAUUUAAUAUCAAAUAUUUAAAAAAAAUUACAAUUCUUAUCUUUGCAUUUAGGGUUAGAUUCGUCCUACAACUUCCUUUAAUUUUGUGCUUUGCAAAAACCUCUUGCAAAUGACGUCACAAAACUGAAACGGCACCCUCACUGAGUAGAUCACUAAAGGAUAGUCAUUGGUUGACAGUUGUAUGCAGCGCGUGCAUGCGAGACGUGUUUCAACUUUGACCUCAGUGAUGGCGGCAGUGCAAGGGGGUUUACAUGUAAACCACUUUGAUCUUCUUAAUUUACUUCUACCACAUGUGUACCACUUCUGGACACUAUUGGUCACUCUCCAAAUAAUAUUGUUAGCAUAAAAAAAAUUGAUACUUAUAUACUUGGUAACUU